GGAAAAAAAAAAAAAAAAAUCAAUGGAAACGAAUUCGAAUUUCUGCAUUUUCCUUUAUUGAUUGCAUCGUCUUCCCUUCGGCUAAGAGAAAUGGACUGAUUCUUGUUUCGGUUGUGUUCAAAUUAUCAUUGGUUGUGGUUGGUCAUUGUGCCUUAACAAUUAGAAGGGGAAAGAAUGAGACUGUGCUAAUGUUUCUGGUAAAAUUUAAGUUUUUUUUUAUUAAGAAUGAUGGAAUCAUAUGAGGUUCUUGCUUAGAAUAAAGCUUAAUCCAUGAUUCCCCAUCUUUUUUUUUUUUGGUGGGAAUAUGAUUCUGUUUCUUGUUUUUCUGCAUUCUAAUUCAUGGGAAACUGAACAUAUUAAAUAAAUUGAUGAAGUGGGUAUGAAAAACUUCAGCUUUUGAUACCAAUUGAUGAAGAAUGGGGAAUUUGAAAUUGAAACUAAAUACCUUCACAUGUAGGCUAUGUUUCUUCAAGUACUCAGCUUUAUAGGAUUGUUGGCUAGGUGUUUUGAAGUUUUUCUUUUUGUUCUAUGUUGUUAUGACAGGCAAUUCAUCCAUGGAUCGAUGGAGUGGUGUUCUAAAGGUUCGAUUGGACCAUAAUAGCCUGAAUUACUACAAGGUUGCAGCAUCUCUAUGCUUCUCUUCUACUUCCAAAACGCUAACUGUUGCUGCAGUAGCUUUACUACGCGUGCAACCAGAGCCAAGUUAUGGUCCAUUAAUAACGGAUGUUCUGCACUCUCUCGUUCCACUUGUUCCGGUAGAGCUUGGUUGCUGCAGUAGCUCUACUACGCGUGCAACCACAGCCAAGUUAUGGUCCAUUAAUAACGGGUGUUCUGCACUCUCUCGUUCCACUUGCUCCGGUAGAACUUGGUGGGACGCUAAGACAACCUUCAGCUUCCUCAAAUCCUACAUUAUGUCAGCAUUGGCACAUCUCCAGAUUGAAGUCAAAUUUCUGUAAGAUUUUUGGCGUUUCAUUGAUUAAAUUGAAGACCCUUUUCAUGUGCCUAGCUAGCUAGCUAGUUAUACAGACAAAAGAAUUGAUAGUAUCAGAUAUUGGAAUGAGGUUUGGUUGGACUGCUAUAGAAGAUUUCUUCAUUGUUCAUAAAAGUUGUAAAUUGAACUGAGUUUCACAAUAAUAGUAUUCCUUUCAU